GGGAUAUAAAUCUUUGUGCCCAGGUUCAAAGUACAAAAGUGAACUUUUAUUUGGGAUAUUUUGUGCUAACUACUUCCUACUUUAUAAAUCACUGCAGCGCUUCCUCAUUCUCAGAGUCGAAGCAGCACUCGACUGAAGGAAAAGGGGGGAGAAUAUCUUAUCAGUGCAGGUUUAUAGAUCAAUAAUCAUAUCAGGGAAGACUCGAGGAGAAUUUAUUAGUGCUUUCAGAGCCGGCGAAGAAACAACAAGGAACAAAACCUUCUCAGGACCCAGCUGGACUGUUUAUUCAACGUCAAUGAAUUCACUGCUGGACAAACAGAAGUGAAGUGAACCAAAGCUGAACCAAACCAGGCCAGAAGAAACACACAGAUUUGACCGAGUGUUGGAAGAUGUCUUUGCACCCCAGAGUCGUCUACAAGAGGAGGGAGACUAUCACAGCUCUGCCUCUCUAUUACUCUGGAGACCUGCUGAAGAAAUACAGCAAAGAGAAGGAUUUUAAGAAAUACUACGGAGAGCUGCGGGGAGCCACACUCUUUCUGUACGAGGAUGACACACAGGAUACGUAUACAGAGAAGCUGGACCUGGAGCAGCUGAAGUCCAUGGAGUUAGAUUCUCCAAAUCAGAGGAAGGCGGCAACUAUCUUCAAUCUCACGCUGCACACAGACGAUGUGCAGCUAAAGCUGGACAAUCCUGACACAGCAGAGGAGUGGAAGGGUUACAUCCUGACUGUUAUCAAAAAAGAGAUUCCCAAUAAGAUGCAGCUGCUGCCUGGCCAGCUAUUGCAGCUGAAGGAGUUUCUGGCUCAGGAGAAGAGAAGAAAUCCCCCCGCGCCACUGCCACCACUCCCACCCCGACCGUCUUUCCUAGCCUCACCCUCAGCCUCACCCUCAGCCUCACCCUCCCCUGCACCGCCCAAAGUCCACCCUGAUGUUCCUGCGUGUUUCUUCAAUGUGAAUCGGCAGGAGGCCGAGCGGAUGUUGGAAGCAAAUCCUGAGUAUGGAAGCAUGAUCCUCCGCCCGUCCACCCUGGCCAACAACUACGCCCUGACACUCAGACAACUGAUGCCCAGUGGGCCUGUCAUGAAGAACUACAGAGUGACCUCCAUAAACACUGGGUUCAUCAUUGAACUGGACACAGCAGUGACGGUGUCCUCCUUGAACGAUGUACUUAAAUACUUCAUUGAAAAGACAGAGUACCGUCUUCAUCCCUACAUGUUGUCCCAGCCCUACGACACUAGCAUCGACGCAUCACCUGCUCCAAAGUGCAUCAGCAUCACCUCACCUACACCUAAAAUGGUACCCAAGGCACAAGUGGCACCGAUGCUGCGGUCAAAAACCAAAGACGAGCUCCUGCCCCCUCCAACCAAGCCAGAGGAGAGUGAAUAUGUGGUUCCUGACGCUCCUGAUGAUCACCAACUAAAGCUAGGACAGUUCGACGGAGAGCUUCGUGAAGUUUUAAAAUUACGGAGGGAAAUCAUCUACUCUGCAGCUGACGAGGAGGAAGCCACCACCUAUGAGAAUCAAAGCAAUAAAAAAUCCCACUCAAGCGCAGCACAGUGGGCCACAAAGACUGCAGAGUGAGGCACAUAUUCUUGUUGGCUUCACAAGAACGUCACGGGUCUGUUAAUGUUUAACUUUCAACUUAAACAUUAGCUGAGAGAUUGCAUGCUCCUCUGUGGAUGUGACAACAUUCCUCCACCUUUAUUGGAAAUCUUUCACAAAUGCACUCCAAAGUUUAAAAAUGUGUGCCAGUUAAAUUUAAAUGGGACAAGUUUUCAGUUUCUUAAAAUAGGACUCUCAAACUGAAAAUUAGGCUUUAACUAUUUUGCUGGAAAAACAAAAUUCUGAAUAUUUAUAUGUAUAUCAAAAAUGUGCUUGAAACUGCCUGUGUUUAUGUUGACAAGUUGCACAGUUCGGUACAGCUUGCUACAUGUUGAAUGUGAAAUAACAAAACUAAGAGUCUAGCAGCUCUGUGAGGCUGCAUAAUUAGGAAGAGAAGUGGAGGUAAACCCGUACCCGUAACCAAGACGCCAAACUAGAGGCUUCAAAACGGCGGUGACGUCACGGUGGGUUUAAACUUGCCCUAAACACAAUAUCGGCAGAGGCUGGUGGGAAAGUCAUUGCAUUAUGUUUGGUCAGACCAACACUCUGGACAAUAUAAACAUUUGACCCUGAUGAUGUUUUCAUUAGUUUAUAAUCACCCGAAUAUAAGAAUCGUUGUAUUUUCGUUACCUUAGAAU